GGCCGGCUGUCGUCUGUUUCUGAGUUCGUAUGAAAAACCAAACCAAAUAAAAACACGGUGCUUUUGACAACUGCUAUCAUUUAUACUCCUGGAAUUGAUUGAUUUUCGCAAGGCACCAUGCCGUCUCGCUUACGGCAGGAAGACGCUAUCGACGCCGCUUCAGGGUCGGGCUCAGACUCUGAUUCUGGAGGCUCCUCUGGCUCCAGUCGCAGCAGCAGUCGCAACUCUGGUCCCGCUUCACGAACAGCUUCACCUGCGGGUUCACCCCGCUCGACCGCUCGCUCCCGUACUGGCUCUCCAGCUGGCUCUGCUCAUUCAAACGCAGGCUCACCUCAUUCUGCUCAUGGAUCACCACAAUCUAGACCUUCAGGGAGCCCCGUUUCACGAGGAUCUGGUAGCCGAGCUUCUCGCAGAUCUGGCAGUGCUGUUUCAAACAGAUCGGGAAGUGCUGGAUCACAUAGAUCUGGAAGUGGUGGUUCUCGCAGAUCUGGAAGCGGUGGUUCCCAUAGAUCGGGUAGCGCAGGUUCUCAUAGGUCUGGUACUUCUAAUAAGUCUAAAAGCCCAGCAUCCCACAGAUCAGGCUCUGCUACAUCUCAGAGAUCGGGAAGCCGAGCCUCUCGGAAAUCAGGGAGUCCAGCUUCUCACCGUUCUGGCAGUGGGUCCAGACACUCAGGCAGCCCUGCUGGCUCUCAUCACUCUAGAUCACGUAGUAGAUCUGGUAGUAGGUCUUCCAAAAGGAGUGGGAGUAGAAGUCGCAGCCGCAGUGGUAGCAGGAGCCCAGCCAAAAGUGGUAAUGCAAGCCGCAGCAGGAGUGGAAGUAGAAGUAGAAGCAGGAGCAGGAGUAGAAGUAGGAGUGGAAGUCGAAGCCGUAGUGGGAGUCGAAGCCGAAGCCGAAGCAAAAGUGGGAGUAGGAGUCGGAGCCGAAGCAAGAGUAGAAGCCGGAGCCGGAGUAAAAGUGGCAGUCGAAGUAGAUCUCCAGCGAAGUCAGGUGGUAAGGGCUCUGGUAGUGAAUCGGAUGCAGGCAGUGAUGUGGUAACGAAACGAAAGCGCCAAGUCCUCAGUGACAGUGGCUCUGAUGUAGAUGUGAAAAAGAAAAAGAAAACUGUUGGAUCUGACAGUGAUAGUGGAGGAGAAGCUAAUGUUGAUGCUGAGGCUUUGUUUGGUGACGCUGAUGAUAUAAGUGAUGACGAUGAAGAUGAUAAGAAGUCAAGUAAAAGAUCUGACGAUGGUGGUAGGCAAACUCCUAUGAGUGAAGGAAGUUACCAUAGUCCUCGUAGAGGAUCAGAUGAUGAAACUGAAGAGCGUCGGCCAAUGCCAGGGGAAGCACCUGAGGAGGAAGAAAAGGAGAAAGAUGAACCACCACCAGAAACAAUUAUUGAUGUGGAGAUUCCCAGAGUUGUUUGUGAUCUGGGUAGAGAAAUUAAUUUUGUCAAGCUACCCAAUUUCCUCUCUGUUGAGACAAGACCCUUUGAUCAUGAAACAUAUGAAGAUGAAAUUGAUGAAGAAGAAACUCUUGAUGAGGAAGGUAGAGCCAGAUUGAAAUUGAAGGUUGAAAACACCAUUAGAUGGAGAGAUGAAUUUGACAAAGAUGGGAAUGUUGUCAAAGAAAGUAAUGCUCGUUAUAUCAAAUGGAGUGAUGGCAGUCUCUCACUCCAUCUUGGUUCUGAAAUAUUUGAUGUUUACAAACAGCCACUUCAGGGUGACCAUAACCAUCUUUACAUAAGACAAGGAACUGGCUUGCAAGGGCAAGCUGUAUUCCGCACUAAACUUACAUUCAGGCCUCAUUCAACUGACUCAUUCACCCACAAGAAGAUGACAUUAUCCUUGGCUGAUCGGUCUACAAAAACGAGUGGAAUUAAAAUUAUGGGUGUUGUUGGGGCCGAUCCGGAUGCUAACAGAUUUGAAAAGAUUAAGAAAGAGGAGGAGAGACUUCGAGCAUCACUACGUAGAGAAAGUAAACAGAAACGCAUGCGUGAGCGAGGAGCUAAUAGGGGGUUGUCUUCUAGCUACUUGGAGCCAGAUAGGGAAGGUGAAGAUGUCUCAGAUGAUGAAGGGGCCAUUUCCCUGGCAGCUAUCAAGAAUAAAUACAAACCUGGGGCAAAAGGAGCCAAGAAUGACAGGCCAAACAUCUAUUCUUCUGAGGAAGAUGAAGGUUCAGAUCUGGACCUUCGUAGAAGCAAGAAGGACAAAUCCAAACAUACUCUUAAAGAUUCUGAUGAAGAAAGUGCAGCCUCUGGAAAAUCUGGUGCAGGAUCAGGUUCAGGAGGAUCCAAAUCAGGUUCAGGCUCUGGAAGUGGCAGUGGCAGUGGUAGCGAAAGCGAUUAGAAAAUUUUGGGAAUGUCACAUGCUAUUCGGCUAUGUAUUAAAUCAUAUUAAUUAAUUAAUUUCACACUCUAAAUGUAUUUUUUUUUUAAGAGGUGUGAUUCUGUUAUGCUGUAAGUAGUUCCCUUUCCCUCUCUUACAACUGUAUUCUAAAUACUGUUGCAUGAAAUAAAUCUGUAAAUAAUUUA